AUGGAGCCGCGGUCUGUCUGCGGGAGAGCUUGUUCGGCAGCAACGCAAAAAAGAGCCGAGUUCACUUUUCUUUCUGCGGCAGGCGCGGCAGCCCGGGAGACCCAGUCGUCACAGCGUUGGCGACGCUGUUCCCCGCCUGUUGCCGAGCGCUCGUGCUUUUCAGCGCACCCCUCUGCACAUGGUGUUUUUCACUGGGGAUUCAGCGCCGCGUGCCCACGUUCCAAGGGAGGAUCCCGGACGGACGGAGCUCGGAGCGCGGAUAACCUGGGAGCUGGAGGUUUGGCUGCUUCGUUCUCUCUUUCAUACUCUGCUGCUGCUUCUAUCUCUGCUGCUUUGAGGGCCGUUUCUGGCUUCCGUUUGGCCGCGGGGACCGCCCGAUUGUUUCUGAUAGUACAGGGAGAAGCGCGAUCUUGCCGGGGGUAGCGUUUAUUUGUCGCUGGGGCAACCGCCGCUUCCGGAAGCCAUUUUGGUCGAACACGUGGUGCGGGCUCGGUGCGUCCGCCAUUUUAGGUGAGGCUAUCAGCCUACAGCCCCGAUAGCAGGCGCCAUCUUGUUAGGGGCCACGUGCAGGCCCGAGCAGCCAUCUUGGGAAGGACAGGCGCCAUCUUGCUGAGGGUCAACGAGGCAGCCACGAGCAGCCAUCUUGGGAGGGCUGAGAUACUCUCCCUUUUCCGCACCCCGUUCGCAAGCGAGACAGCCUCGGCGCCCCUGCUGGUGGGUCGUUAUCUGCCUGCCCUCCAAGUAAGGGCUUGCUGGCUUCCCCAAAUUUUUCAUAUAUCUUUAUUCUUUCCAGCGUGUUACAGGGCUUCGUUCCGGGCUGGGCUGAGGGGAUAGUGGCUCAUUUUGCUGUAGUUCCGCUCCUACCUUUCCUGGUUUUGUUUUUGCUCACUGUUGUGCUUUACCAAUAUUUAGGGUGCCUGAUUUAAAACUUUUUGAUAACAUAGCAAUUCAUUGCUGGUAAUUACAAUAAGAGAAGCAAUAAUAUUAAUAAUAAUACUUGUAAUAAUAUAAUUAUAAUUCUGGUAUCAAAAUACUAAAUACAUUACAAUAACAUAGUAAAUACAUCACAAUAGACAUAGUAAAUUACAUUCAUUAGAUCCUCCUCCCAAGUAAAUAAAUAAAUAAAUACAUAAAUAGUAUUCAUAUAUAAAUAAACACUAGUAUUUUCAAAAGAUAAAUAUAUAAAUUUAUACAUAGUAUUAAUAAAUCUAUAAUUACUAUUCUUUUAUUAGGAAGCAAAUAACAAUAGUUUCCUUCAGACUUGUAUCCAAUCUGAGCCUUUGCAUUUAAUUGGUGUAUAGGGAAUAAUUAAAAAAGAAGAAGAAGAAGAAGAAGAAGGGGGGGGGGGAGAGUGAUAACAAAAUAAGGCUAGCAACUGGUUAAACAAAGAGGAUAAAUAAUAAAUUUGCUCCGUGGUUUCUUCAUAGUGCCCUAAGGGUCCCUUGGGUCGUAGACAAUACUGAGCUAGGCGGACCGCUUUGCGGUGUUUAGGCGCACAGUAGAGACAUUUUGUUUUGGGAAAGUAAUUUGUGUUCGCCCAGGUCUCACGUAUAGUUGGUCAUGGCUUCUGGAAGGGAACAACAGGCAUCCUCUUCGGGCAAUUUACAGGCACCUUGCGCAAGUAAUGGUAGUGCGCAGGCGGGGGCCAUGCCCUGUGACCCGCAGGCCUUUGCUCAAUUUUUCCAUGCCUUUGAAACAUUCUAUAGGCAAUGUAGGCCCGGAGCUUUUGCGCCUCCUGCCCCCGACCCAUCACAGGACGUAAUACCAGAUACCCCUCCUAGCAAUCAAGGGCAGCUGGGAAUGCCAGGUUUGGCGGGGGGCAGUGCCCAUACAGAAGCGACCAAUACGAGUCGUCCUAAUACUCGUGCCCAAGCAGCCAUUACUAGGAGGGCAAGCCAAAGCACGGGAAAAGGUAAGGCACCGGCAAAGGGCCCUGGCAAGGGUAAGGCUUCUGCCAAAGGGUUAAACACCAAUGCCGUCUCACAGGCGGUAGGCAUUCCUAGUGUGUUUCAGGAACAGCAACCACAGCAAAGCUCCACAGAGGACAGUGAGGGUUCUGGCUUAGAGGAAGAGCGCAGGGAACCCCAAGUUAUUCACCCAGUGGCCGAUGGGAAUGCGGCCAUCGCAGAGGUCCAGGGCGGCAAACGGAAGUCCAAGAAGAAGCACACGUCCGCUAAGAAGAAGAGAAGCAGGCAGUCCGAGACGGAGGACGAGUCAGGUACGUCAUCUUCGGAUUCGGACAGCGACGGCCCCAUGGAUGCCUACUGGGGUUUGGGGGAAGGGAAUCACGGGAUCCCACUUUGGGCGCACAAAAGGAGGGCCAAUUCACAUCGUAAAACGUUCAAUGGAGUACUGGAUUGGAAGGAUGGGGCCUUGGUUGAGGAUGUAAAGGUUGCCACCAACCAGUCCACUGAUUUUAUAUUAGGGAAUCAUUUGUCACAGAAGAAGAGGAAUAAGAUCCUCAAUGGUGAUUAUGUGGAUAUGUUUACCCUGCUCCCUCCCGCCAAACUAAUAGGUAAAGGUGAAAAGAGGCGAUCUUCAGGUAAAGGUAGAUACAGGACCCCUAGGGCUGAGCGCACCUUUGAGAACUGGUUGGAUGGGUACCAGGUUUUUAUGGGUGUUGUUUGCGCUGCUUAUCCUCAGAGAUCCAUGGAUUCGGUUGCUUAUUUAGCCCAUGUGAGGCGGGCUCACUCGCUCGCGGGUGAGCAUGCCGCUUUAACAUAUGAUGAGAAUUUCCGUAGAAAUGCUUCCCUCCUACCUACCACCCGAUGGGACCUUACGGACCCUAACUACUGGGGCGAGGAUGUUAAUCCCUACAUUGAAAAGAAAAACAAGGGAUCGAUCAAGGCGGGUAAGACAGAGGUGAAGCGGCGUCGCCUCUGCUGGGAGUUCAACAGGGGUGUAUGCUCGAGGCCCUCCUGUAAGUAUUUACACGAAUGUGACAGGUGCUGGGGAAAUCACCCCGCCUCCUCGUGCUUUAAGAACAAACAGCAGCCCUUUCGGGGGGGCAGGGGGUACUUCCACAACAACAAUAGAGGUGCCCCCGGAUCUUCCCACCAGGGACCCAACAACUGCCAGUAA